ACACAUCACCAGUCAUCAGGCCUGCUGACGUCGAUGGAGAAAGCCUCAAAGAGAUAACGAUGAUUUCUGAGAAAUAAAGCGCUGAUAAGCACUUCUGUGCCCUCAGUCUUCGGGCUUCAGAUUCUGUGCAGCAUUACUUUCGAACCUUUUGUGCGAUGAAGACGUCUUUAGCUGGGAUCGCUUGCUUUGCCUGGCUCAUCAUUCUGAACCUAAGCCACCGGGGAGAUGCCCAAUUUUUAGAUGAGAGUUGCAGGACUUCUGCACCCAGCAAAGAUGGCGCCUGGACCGUAGUCCUUCGUAAUGAAACGCACUCAGUGUGUGCCGGUUCCCUGAUCCACAGGCGAUUUGUCUUGACAUCGGCGCAAUGCAUAGAAGACCAGAGUUCCUUAAUCGUGAUGCUGGGAGCUAAUAACUUACGGCAUCCCGCCUCUCAGGUUGCUGUCGAAGAAGCCUUUAUCCAUCGUUCAUACUCCAGGGAAAGUGGACUGAAUAAUAUUGCCUUGGUGAUGCUUGUGAACAGUGUCACCUACACCGACCGCAUUCGACCCAUCUGCAUUCUGCGAAAUGCGACACUACAGAAUGGGCCUGAAAUAGUUCAGACUUUCAAUACGUUUGGUUGGGGAUUUGGAACGGGCCGAAGAAUAAGUAACACCCUUGUAGAGGUCGCCAUCAAGCGCUUCAAUCAAAUCUACUGCGGAAGGGACCCGGAGCAGUCAACUUUUUGCGGGGGCCCCUCAUUAGAAAGCACCUGUGGUGGAGAUAUCGGAGGUCCCCUGUCCAAAUAUGUUACCUUGCAGAAUCAGGAGAUGCAGCCAGUACAGCUUGGCAUAGUAAGCAUUGGCCUACAAAAAUGCGGAGGAGUCCGAUAUUAUACCGAUGUGACAAGCUACGCUGACUGGAUUGAGAGAUUUAUUCGAGCCUAUGACGAGCCACAAGAAUCACAAGAAUCACAAGAUGCCCCAAUUCAGCCGGCUGAGGAGACGCGGCUUUACGAGGACUGUGGUGAAGCAUACCUGACGGCAAACAUUUAUGGACCCGACUUUAUGGCCAAGGGCGUAAUGAUUACUCACCGCUUUGUUCUCACAACUGCCAGCAAUUUGACCGUAGAUGUCUCUUUUCUGCGAGUUGGUGUGGAGGGAUUUAGGCAUUUUCAAGAAAUGGCAAUCGACUUGGUUUACCAUCAUCCGGAAAUCUACAAAACUGAUUUGGCAUUGCUCAAGCUGAGCAGUGAGUUGAUUCCUGAAAAUGUAAUGAAGCCAAUCUGUAUCCUUAGAGGACCUUCUAUGGAGCAAUCUCGGCCUCAGCUCACCGUCCUAGACGUUGAGCGAAAUGAAACAGGCUUAACCUCCACUUUUAAGACUGUCUUACCCGUUGAGAGACAAAGGUGCUCUGCCAAUUUGAGGAAAACGAUCCAGUCGACUGAAAUUUGUAUCCCAACUCCUCAAAGACUUAAACAGGUCUUUGGAAUUCGCGGCAAUGUUGUUUCUCAAAAGGUUGUGAUCCCGGGCAAUAAUGCUCCAAUACAUUCUCUAUAUGGCAUAGUCAAAUACUCAAAGCGUGGGCUAAACGUUAUUACAAACGUUGCCCCACACACGAACUGGAUUGCUACGAUUCUAAAUGAGAACUCUGAGUGAAAAUACAUAAUUUAAAUGUUGAAUAUAUCGCAAUGCAUCGUGAAUUA